AUGUCUAGACUCAAUGUAUGGCACUCAGUGCCCAUCAACAAGUCUAGUCGACCGGUGUUUCUAGAAAACGAGCACAGCUUGUAUGUUAAGGAAGGUGUGGGCAUAUACCAGGGGAAGCUGAAGAUCAGCGGGUACCAGAACGGAAGAGUCUAUUUGACCAAUAUGAGGAUCUUAUACGUGGAUCUGGGGGAGAGAAAAGCCAUAGGCAUGUACUUGCGGGAUGCCCUGCGAGCUGAGUUGGUGGAGCGGUUCUUGAGAUCUUCGGCGAAAGUCAAGAUCUACUUGAAAAGUGAGCAAUCUACAACGCUAAAUGGGUCGGAGCUAGGUUCGAGCUCAAACUCGUCCUCUGCGCUGCUUCGUGAGGUCACGAAUGUGGUGUGGACAUGCUUGAUUUGCUCGUACAAUAAUCAUAUUGCAAGCAAUUUUGACACCGAAAGUGGCGACCUAACGAAAUGUGUAUCUUGUGGGAUAAAGCCCUCAAGAGAGCUUCUAAAGAAAGUUAUUGAGGACUCUAUGAAUAAGGAAGAUCAAACAAAACCCCUCACGAAAUCACAACAGAAUGAGUGCCCUCGUUGUACGUUCAUUAAUCACCCGUCGAUGAGAAACUGUGAAAUGUGUGGUACAGAGCUUAAACCACGGACCUCUGCAACUGCUCAAAAGCUAGCUCUUCUCAAUGGCCCAGGCUCUCCACUUUACCAAAAUCCUUUAGGGCUCACAUUAGAGGAGCCCGAAGAAUACACCAAUCGGAAGCCAUACAUCAAAAUCAGCUUCAGAAAAGGCGGCGAGACAGGCUUCUUUGAACAAGCCGCUAAAGUCAUAGACCAGCUUAAAUGGGAAAGCUUGGAGCAACGUGGGGGAGUCAACGAUGAAGCAACCAAAGUAGUGCAACAACCCAAGGAGGAAAACAGAAUAAAAGGCGGAGGCAUCCACAGCUUGCAGCAGCUAGGGGAGCAACAGAGGAAAAGAAACGAAAUUGUCCUUUCUCUGUCUCUCGAAGAUUUGGAACAACUCAUGUACAAGGCCCAAGAUCUAAUCAAAAUUGGCUCCAGCUUUGGCUCCUUGGUCAAGAAACAGAAUAAGGUACCUAAAAUUGGGCAGAUAUCACCUUUGCCGCUUAACAAAUCGUCCUCCUUGUAUAUUGAAGAGCUUGCUCGACACCUUUGUGAGUAUCUUCUUAACACUGAGCUAACCAAGACCACAUCGAUGAUCACAGUUCAUGACACUUUUGCAUCGUACAACCGCUAUAGAUUAUACACACACGGAUUUGGUACUGACCUCAUCAGUACGUCCGAUUUUAACAAGUGCAUAGGAAUGUUCGAGACCCUCGAUCUUCCGAUAAAACUGAAAACUUACGCGAGACUGGGUCUCGUUGUUCUCACUCAGAGGCUGAUUCAGCUGCAGAAAGAUCUCCAUUGGACGAUUUUGGAAUUUCUUCUUGCACAGGACAACUUAUUCCACUACGAAAAAUAUAGGCUGGAAAUUGAAGGCUUUGAAGAUGAUUACCUAAAGGAGCAUCAUCAGGUGUAUCAUGGAUGCACGAUAACAGAAAUUGCGGAGCACUUUGGCUGGGCGCCAGCCGUGUGCUUAGAAGAAGUGGACCGCUGCAUCGAAGAAGAAUUAGUGGUUUAUGAUAAACAUAUUCUGGGGACUUUUUAUUUUGUCAACAAGUUCGAUGAGAAAUUGUGCAAUUUACUUAGACCCGAGGAAGAGUUGAAGAGGCAAGCUGAGCAAGACUGCUUGAAUGAGCAAAAACAGAUAUCGUCUAACCUCAAAACCCAAUACGAUAUGGAAGCAGGUCAAAUGCUUGUGAAUUUGAGAGAUAACUACGAUUUUGGGGAUAUCGCUUCCGAACAACUCGAAUCUCCAAAAAACAUCCCCGCUGAUAAGGACCUCAUUGGCGAUUUAGCCGACUUGAAAUUCUCUUAA